AUGUCAUCAAAACCACCCCCUACCGAUUUUCCAACAUACGCAUUCCCCACAGCCCAAGCGCUGGAAGAAUUUCUCGAGCGAGAACAUUUAACAGCCCCAGGCUUCCAUCUCAAACUUGCCAAAAAGGCAUCCGGGAUCCAGUCAGUAACCGCCGCAGAAGCAGUAGAGACAGCACUAUGCUUCGGCUGGAUAGACGGACGCGCCAACGGAUUUGAUAAGGACUGGUGGCUUGUACGAUACACGCCGCGUCGGGCGAAGAGUAUCUGGUCCCAGAAGAAUGUGAAUACGAUCAGUCGACUGGUCGAAAUGGGUCGAAUGCGCCCUGCCGGUGUGACUGCUGUGGAGGCUGCGAAGGCUGAUGGGCGCUGGGAGCGUGCUUAUGCUGGGCCUGCGACUAUGACUGUCCCUGAUGAUUUUGCUACGAUUCUGAAGGAGAAUUCGGCUGCGGAGGCUUUCUUUGAAUCGUUGAAUAAGAGUGAUCGGUAUUCGGUGCUGUGGCGCGUUCAAAUAUCGUCCCCAAAGGCGCGAAGUAAGAAGAUUGCGACGUUGGUGGCGAUUCUUGCAAAGGGGGAGGGACUCACGGCAACGAAGUCAUCUUCAACAAAGUCCGAGAAGGCGAAGGUACUAUCUGGUGGGGAUACUGUUAAAAAGAAGUUAAAGAAGGUUGAGAAACCCGUAGUGACGAAGCCGAGGCGUGCUGGUCUUCGGAGUAGUUCAACUUUGACUGAGUGA